AUGACAGGCAUUACUCAGAGCAUGACAUCUGGAACGGAUCGGAAUUCACGCCGAUUUUGCCGACUUCCUGCCAGCAUAGAUGCUCUCAGACAUCUGCUCCUCACUCUCUGUGCAACUUUCAAAAUGUCACCGUCCAUGACGCAGAAGUUGUGGAUUCUUGUGGCUGUCAUGGCGGCUGCUAACGGUCGUUGUGUUGAGGAUUCAGGCACGUUUUCAUGCGGCAAUAUUUGUGACGAAGAUGUUGCUGACUCGGAAACGUUUGGUUGGGAAGUUGACUUUGUGGGUCGAACUCUUGACUUGGACUGUGUCCGAUUUUAUGGGUUGAAGAAGGUUAGGUUGCAGGCAGCUGUGCGAUGCGUCGGGCGUUGGGAUGUUGAUCUUCAACGCAUUCUGGAUCCGUCGGAUUUUUGUCAGCUUCUCCAAUUGACACACACUACCACCACAGAACCCGCUGCGUCGAAAACUUUCAAAGAACCUGUGGUGCCUAUUCUUCCUUCAACUACCAAGGAGACGCCAUCAGUUAUCAAGAAGACAAGUUUUUCGUCCUCGACGGUCAAGUUAACCUCGCCAAUUUUAACUUCCCUUCUGAAUAUUUCUGCACUUCCCACUGAUUCCAUAGUUCCCACUAACGUUACGUUGGUUUUUGGGAAUGGAAAAGCCCAUGUAGAGGCUGAAUUUUCAAGCACGCAAAUUGAAGAUUGGGUGUUUGCUGUUGUGGGUAGCUUGUGUGCUUCGGUAUUCCCGAUGUUUCAAGAAAUCUUGGAUCGGUUGGAGCAUCUCUGGAAUUUGGAGAGGGAAACCGAAACAGGACUGAAGAGCCCCACGUCGUUAUCGUCGAGUCACGUCGGGAGUGAAGCUCCAGAAGAGUGCGCGUAUAUUUUCUGUGAGCUUGACGUUGCGGCGCUAUUGAAUGAAACACGCGACUCUGAUUUCUACUCGGUAUGUGAGGAGGCAUAAACUGCUUUUAUAGUUUGAGAACAAGAAGAAUAUAGGCGAAUUUUGCCUUCAAAGAA